AUGGCCCGCGGGUUGUGGUUCCUCUCCCGCGCGGUGGGUAGGCUGCGGCCGCUGCUUGUCCAGGGGCCGACGAGGGGCUUCUCUGCCUCCGCACCGGAGCAGCUCCAUGUCUGCGUCGUUGGCAGCGGCCCCGCCGGGUUCUACACCGCCGACAGGAUGUUGAAGGGUCAUGAAGGAGCACAGGUUGAUAUAAUUGAUAGGCUACCCACACCAUUUGGCCUAGUCCGUUCUGGAGUGGCUCCAGAUCAUCCAGAAACAAAGAUUGUGGUGAAUCAAUUUUCUCGUGUAGCUGCAAAUGGACGCUGUUCAUUCUUUGGGAAUGUAACUCUGGGAAGGGAUAUAUCUCUGUCAGAGCUUCACAAAACAUAUCAUGCUGUUGUUCUUGCUUAUGGUGCAGAAAGUGAUAGGUCACUUGGUAUUCCUGGAGAGGACCUGAGAGGAAUUCAUUCAGCUCGAGAGUUUGUCUGGUGGUACAAUGGACAUCCAGACAUGUGCGACUUGUGUCCUGAUUUGAAAAACACAGAAUCUGCUGUUGUCCUUGGUCAGGGAAAUGUUGCUCUGGAUGUUGCUCGUAUUCUUUUACGCUGUAAAGCUGAGUUGGCUACUACAGACAUUACUGAUUAUGCAUUGGAUGCUCUACGUGGCAGCACGAUAAGGAAGGUAUAUUUGGUUGGGCGACGGGGUCCAGUACAGGCAGCUUGCACAGCAAAGGAGUUGCGUGAAAUUUUAGGUUUGAAAAAUGUUCGUAUUUGCAUCAAGGAAUCUGAUCUUUUGACCACACCUGCGGAUGAGGAGGAGAUGAGGAAUAGUAGAAUCCAAAGAAGAGUUUAUGAGUUGCUGUCGAAAGCUGCAAGUGCGCAUGGGGGCAACAAUUACAAUGACCAAAAGGAGCUUCAUUUUCUGUUUUUCAGAAGGCCUACCAGGUUCAUCCCUGCAGAAAAUGGUUCCACAAUUGGUGCUGUUCAACUUGAGAAGACAGUUUUAAAAGGUGAUGAAGUAACUGGGAAGCAGGUCGCUGUUGGAACUGGUGAGUUUGAAGACCUAAAAUGUGGUCUGGUCUUGAAAAGUAUUGGUUACAAAUCCUUGCCUGUACAAGGUUUGCCUUUCGACAAAAACAGAGGAGUUGUGCCAAAUUUAAGAGGAAGAGUCCUGAACAGUGAAUCAGAGACUGCCACAGUAGAAAGAGGCCUGUACGUGGUAGGAUGGUUAAAGAGAGGACCAACUGGGAUUGUUGCAACAAAUCUCCACUGUGCAGAAGAAACAGUGGCUAGCAUUCUUGAAGAUGAUAAGAAGGGUGUAUUAAGGCCCCCAUCUGAUUCGAAGAAGCAUGGAAGGACAGGACUUCUUGAGAUCCUAGAACAAAAGAAUGUCCGUUUUGUGCCAUUCAGUGGCUGGGAGAAGAUUGAUUCCAUGGAAAAGAUGGCAGGGCAGCUGAGAAAUAAGCCUAGAGAGAAGAUCACAACCUGGGAUGGGCUCCAGAAAGCUGCAAACGAGUAA